CACCACCCUCAUUUCCCCCUUAUUUCUGUCUUUCUCUUUAUCAUCCUUAGACUCCAGAAGCUCGCACAGUACGAAGAACGAUGAGAUAGAUCCCCGUGUGACGCGUCUCCCUUGCGAUGUUGUCCCGUCUCUAUCCAGCCUUCGUCACCUGACUACUCCUCUUCUACUCCUAGUUCAGUAUCCCUGAGCCGCGCGUGUACCUUUUAUUUGUCGGAGUAUGUGCGCGCGCGACUCCCUUCCGAGGAACACCAUCGAGUACCGAGACCGUUUAAGAUGAAGGAAAACUGACGACUGACGCGCGCGUUUCUCGUCAACACAGGACUCCGAAUCGUUCUUUUUGAAAAGUACUGAAUCAACAAGCUUUGGGCCUCGAAAAAGUUCUCUACCCUAACUGGAAAGAUUUGUUAAGACGUCGAGGAAGAAGGGUCAGAGGAAAAAGAAAAAGAAAAAAGAAGCCGACGGAUGACCGAUAGGGUGAAAGUUCCGGAGGGAAGGUGACGAGUGUUGAAAAACUUUUUCAAGGGUGAGAAGGGUCAUCGAGAGUGCAAGAUUCCUUAUCGAAAGAUACAUCGAGGAAAAGCGUACUGUGUACUUUGUACCGUGUACGGUGUACCGUGUACCGUGUACCGUGUACCGUGUACCGUGUACCGUGUACCGUGUACGAAGAAAAUUCUUCCAUUCGUCAAGUUACACGGUUUUCAAGGGAAUAUCGUGAAAUGUACCGGAAACGAUGGACCGUAAAAGCACUGCGAAUGGAUUUACAAUGUAACACCGUGGGUAAUGGUACGAGCGCCUCCCUCAGGAUGAUCUGCGUUUUCAUAUUUUGGAUGCUACUCUAUGAUAGUGCAGCACAUGGUAUACGUCGUUUAAAAGCAGACAUUUUCCAAGAAUGGCCGUCGCAAGGAAAAGGACCGUACUUCGAUACUUCGGUGCCAUCGAAUAUGACCGGCUUGGUUGGGAAAACUAUUCAACUGGUCUGCAAAGUGAAGAAUCUCGGAAACAGAACAGUUUCGUGGGUAAGGCAUCGAGAUAUUCAUUUGCUAACGGUGGGACGGUAUACUUAUACCAGCGAUCAACGUUUCGAAGCAGUACAUACACCUCUAUCAGAAGAGUGGACAUUGAAAAUACGAUAUCCUCAGAAAAAGGAUUCCGGCGUAUACGAAUGCCAAAUUUCAACGACCCCACCUAUAGGACUUCCAGUUCAUCUCACGAUAGUUGAACCAGUGACCGAAAUUACAGGAGGUCCAGAUUUGUUCAUCAACAUAGACAGCACGAUAAAUCUUACGUGUCUCGUAAGGUACGCACCAGAACCACCGUCCACGAUAAUUUGGAGUCACAAUCGACAGGCGAUUAAUUUCGAUUCGCCGAGAGGCGGCAUUAGCCUGAUCACGGAAAAAGGACCCAUCACGUCGAGCCGUUUGCUCAUUCAGAAGGCCAUCCAGGAAGAUUCGGGACUUUACACGUGUUCGCCUAACAAUACUCAUCCCAACAGCGUCCGAGUGCAUAUAGUUAAUGAAGAACAUCCAGCAGCGAUGCAUCACGGAAGCGGCGACAGAAUGAUGACGGCGACGUUACUUCCCCUCGUUCUAUUCCUUCGGACGAUAUUCUAGCCUUUCCUAGUGCAAGAUUCAUCCGAAAACUAACAUACACAUAUGCGUAAAUAAUUAUUAAACGAUUCGAUUAACGAGUUUUACAUUUUAAAUGUUCACGAAAUCAUCCAAAAUCACUUUUUUCCUCUAUCUUUAUUUCUUUACUCAAUUUUCAUUUCUUAACAACGUCAUAUUUGUUUCACGCCCAAAAUUUAUAACCCGAUUAUUUCGUUAAUUGAUAAGGAACAUCAAGAUUUACAUAUCUACAAGGGAUGUCGCAUAAAAACAUUUAUUUACAAUUGUUUAACAAAUAAUUCGUUUACUUCAAAAUAUGUGUUACGAAUAGAAAUGAUUAUACUGCGCGCGUUAUUGCUCAUUGUCAAAAUAUUCAUUUAAAAUAACAUUAUUUCUAAUAAUUCGCGUGAAAUAAUUAAUAAUUUAGAGAAUAAUUGCAUGUGAAAUUUCACGCGAGACACCCUUUACGCAUUUUAUUGUCGCGAAUGCGUCAAAGGAACAUUUACUAGACGUUCAUUUUACUAUUAACAAUAAUAGAUAACGAGAGCUCGUGUUGCGAUAAUAAAUAUUAAUAUCAAAGUUUUAAUAAACCAGCUCAAUCAAAGUGACGCACGCGAACGAAAAAUACAAAUAAUACGAGUUUAACGAUAAGGGAGGAUGUUGCCGAUUGUAAAUACGAAUUAUACAUUCUGUACAUAUCAAAUCGAUCGUGAAAUAAAUCAUUUACGCCUAGCUCAAAGCUACUGCGAAUACGAAUCAUACGGUUGUUAAGAAAACCUGUGUGUUUCUGUUAGAAAAAUGAAAAGAGAGAGAGAGAGAGAGAGAGAGAGAGAAACGAGAACAAAGUUAAAAAAAAAAAUAAAGGGGGAAGAAAAAAAGCGUAUCUAAAAAGAAAUAUUUCGUAGAUGGGACGCGUCAGAGUAUGGAAAAGAAGAAUCACGUGCAUACAACGGUGGGUGAUACGGCAACAUAUGCAUAAAUAUCUCCAACGGGAGUGAGUGAGUAAGAGAUAGAGAGAGAGAGAUCGUUUUUCUCAUAAAUUUCUCUAGGAACGGUGAAAAGUUUAUUCAACAAAGUUACAACGCGAUUUAAGUUUCACUCUUCAAAGGAGAUUUUAUUUUCUACGACAUCGAGUCAUCCCGUAUAUGUAUUCCACAUGUUUUCUUCAUUGCAUUUUCCAGUGUCAUAAUUACAGAGGACACAAAUAAAUAAAUUGUCUCGUAGAAUGUGGUCAAUAGAAAAUGUUAAAAUAUCAUUGAAACAAUAUUAAUUUCUAUCAUUUAUCGAACAAUUCUCCAAUUUUGUUAGAUAUUUUUGUUCAUUUAACCGAUGGGACCAUGGGGGCGAGGGUGUAAGAAAGAGAAAUAGAAAGAAAGAAAGAAAUAGAAGAGCAUUUACGUUCUUCCAUGAGUAAACAUAAAUGGAAAAAGGAAGGGUCGGUUAGAUUGGAAACAAUCAACAAAGGCUCGGGAAAAAGUCUUAGCAAAAAAUCCCAUUAUCGUUAUAGUAUUUCUUGCUAAGAAUUUUUCGCCGUAAGAUUUGCUGUAUAUAAAUAUGCAAUCACACAUACAUAUAAUAUGUACGUAUACGUACAUACCUAAAUACGUUCAUACACGUUAAUAUACAUAAAAUACAAAAGAAAAAACACAUUUUAAUACUACAUGCAUACACUCGCACAAAUAUAAACAUCUGUAUAUAUACAUAUAUAUAUAUAUAUAUAAACACGCGCAUACACUAACAGAAAUACACACAGAUAAAGAAAUUUGUAGAUGCAUUAAAAUGCAUACACACAAAUAAAUACGUUCUCGCGUAUACACAUACAUGUUUAAGAAUUAAGAAGUUAUUCGUAAAAUAGAACACUUUAUCGUAAUAUCGUAAAUAAAAAAUAUCGAAACUCCAGCCAAUACGUACCAAAUUAAUGAAGAAGAGUAGGAUAAGGAUAAAAAGAUAUCACGGUAUAUAUAUAUAUAUGUAAAAAUAUUAUAUAUAAAUAUAUACUCUCUCUCUCUCUCUCAAAAACACAUAUUAUAUAUAUUAUAUUAUAUAUAUAAUAUUAUACGAUAGGAAAUAAACACAAACUUUUUUAUAGAAUUCCAUUGGGAGGAUCAAUUACGUAAACGAUUUAUGUAUGUGUGUCAAUCGCGAAUGAAGUGCAUCAUAAUCGCAAAUGAGACGACGAGAUAUGUGAAUGUUUGAUUUAUUUCCUGUGCAUAUGUAGUAUCUCGAUACCCUUUCGAAUAAAAAAAAGGGAAAAGAAAGAAAAGUUGUAGAUUAUCUUUACCUCGUUGUAAUCGUUCUAAUAAAAUUCAUUGCUGAUCGCUAUGAUCGCUAUCAAAA